CGUGCAGCUCGCACGUGGCAUGAUAAACGACAAUGUCGACACUGUCGCAGUGGCACUGAUAUGCACGCUGUCGGCUGCAGCAGCGGCCACAAGCACCAAAGACGCCUCUUUAGUAGCCAGACACGCGACCAGGCACGGACCGUAGUCCGACACGGUUAACAGCUCUAAACAAGACACUUUACAGAUGUGUGGUGACAACACUUGCACAGCACAUACCGGACAGAUGCUGGGCGGUUCCACACCGACUGCGACGUCGCUCUGGCCCAUGGCCGAUGGCUUACCCCACACGCAUCCCACACAUCCCCUGCUGCACGCAGACCCUGUUGCGCCGAAUCCCACAUGGCCCCCGUCAGGCCCAGUUUUUGCCGCCAUUCGUCCUGCGGAACGGCCCCGUUAUAUCCGAAUUGGCCAGCAGCAGGGUUAGGGCCGACGCGUCGACGCGUUGCAAAUUCGUUUUCGCGUCGCGUCUGCUGCAAACCGCGACGCGUCUCUCGGUAGCGCUUUCCCGAUUCCCCGCUUCUUCGGCAACCUUCAUCGGCUAGUGGCUUAGCGAUUACGCUCUUGACGUCACUUUUCGUCUCGCAUCGCGUGCUGUGGAGACGCUAGCGAGUCAUUGUAGUGCGCUUAGUGAAGUAGUUGUCGGCACAAUGCUCUCAUACGCGUCUUCAGAGCACGUUUAGACACGUACGUAAGGGGUUCGUGUUCAUGGCCACCAAACGCGCUUAUGAGUUGAGCCCUCUGCCAACAGCAUCCUGCGAACCUGCUGCUCAAUUUCACACCGUUCCGGCGGUUCAGCUUGUAAAAAAAGCGCCUUUUGCUACGUUUAGAACGGUUCUCAUUGCUCUCUGUACGUCGUAGUUAAUAGUUUUGCUUGGUUUCUGUCGUCUUGGACGAAGUCGCCCCUUGUUUCCCGUGUGUUUCCCAUUUCACAACAGCCGGCAGCCUUGUUUUGUCUCUCUCUCUCGUUCCUGGACAAGCUAGCAGCUACCAACGAACGGACGGCCGUACGCACGUACAUAACUCCCAACGACAAUACUUCGCGUGCAUACACACAUUACGUAUACCAUUCACCUACGUAGAUCCACUCACCGCUGUCUGGACGAAACAAAACGAAACAAAACAACGUCCAGGAGCCUGCCUGUGGUCUGUUUUGUGUAUUUCCUCGAAAAAAAGAGACUGUGAAGCUUUCCCGGGUUUCUGUGUGUUUUGUCGUUCUCUGGGCAUUCGUCUCGUGUUUCCCUUUGAUUUCUCGUUCCUUUCUUGCUCUUGGAAGUUUUGUUCUUUUUUUUUCCUUUUUUUUAUUUUUUCGUCCGAUUUUUUAUUUUUCCUUCUAUUUUCUCUUUAUUCACGUUUUGCCUAUUUCCCUGGCACAUCCGUUUCCCUUCGUGUGCAGACAACAUCUUCAGCUUUUCGCGGAUCUCCUACCCAGUCAUUGGCUGUGUUUUCCUCGUGCGCUUUUUUUCGACACUUUGUCGUUCGGCUUAUUUCCGUUUUCGUGUGCGUCGCGCCCGCUAUAACGAAUUUGACUCACUAAGGCCGUUUGUAAAAAAAUAUUUGCUCAAUUUCUUUUUUUUUACUUAAGGACCUCAAUUUUUUGCGUCCUCAACAAAUACUCGAGCGGCCGAACACAGACCCCAAGACCUAUCCUCUCGCGGUGACAAGUGGCUGCACAGCGUCCCUGUCGACUCCUCACAGCUUUCGUUGCAUUCGCCGAGUUCCAGCUCUCGUUUACUCCUUUUCUGUUGCAGCGUCCAGUAAGCUCUGCCCUGCCCCUCCGCUUGUAGCAUUUCCCUUUGUGUCUACUUGCUCUUCUCCCCACAAAACAACCAAUAUGUGCUCUUCCUCACACACGAAACGGCGGCAGUACCCGUUGCGUCGAUCGCAACGUCUCAUGGACCUGAACCAGGCCUCCCUGCCUCUUGGCUCUUCUCAUUCUACCACCAGUCGCACGCACGGUGCACACUCGCCCAGUAUAACGAUCACGACGACCCCGUCGUCGUCAGUCCGUCUUUCGAACAGCGGACGUGGACGGCCAAGCUUGCUGCAUACGGCCACUUCGCCCGUCGACGGGCCCAUUCUGACUCGACCCGGCUCCGCUCGGGCUUCCCCUUCCCCUGCCCUCUCGUGCAAUGGUCCUUUGAAUCCUCGCGGCCACACGACCCCCUCACCGUCCCUUUCUAUUUGUAAACACUCCCGACCCUCCACGCCGUCUUAUGCGCCCGUUGCCUCUCUCAACGGUGCUUCAGCAAACCAAGCCAAACGGCCCUAUUUCUCAACUAUGCAGCAGCCGGAAGGCUUGCUGUCGCCCGACGAUGCUUUCCACCCCUCACACGCUGCGAAUGGCACUCAUGCUCCCUCCUUCAUUCCCCUUACGCCGGCACCAAAAAUUCGUAAAAGCAAUGCCUUCCAGGACUUAUUCGUCACUUCUCGCUUUGGUUCCUCCAACCAGGGUGUCACAGGUGCCUUUACCCCCACCGACACAACCUUCAGCUCGUCCUUCUUGGCUAGUGCUCGGCAGCCCACUGGUUUUACGCCGGCCACCGUGCGGCAACAGUCGACGCCCUCCGGCCAUGCUUCUUCGCUCCGUGAAAACUCGCCUGCCCUUUUCGCAACUUCAACUCCCAUUCAUGCCUCUGUCCGUCGUACACGCACACGCACGCCUUUGGGCGAGCUGUCGCCUCCUUCACUCGCGAAUUCCCCAACGGAGGCAAACUUUUUCCCUAACCUUUCGCUGCCUAACCCCGUUCAGCAUGCUUCUGAUUCCCUUAAUACCCCUUUCCGAACGGUAAAACCUUUCUCUAAAGCGUUCAUGAGCACCGGUCUGCUUUCCAAGGCCAAUCGCACACGGAACCAUAACCGUAACUCUAACAAUCCUCCCAGCACUCCUUCUAAACGGAACAGCUUUUUUCAGUCUGUCUCUCUCAGUCAACUCUCGCCCUUAUCUCCGUCUACACCUCGCAACCAUGGUCCGCUCGAGUUGCCCACACACGGCGAUGAUGUUUCAUUGCUAAGUCGGUUGGAAAAGGGUUCGAAUAGUUUCCUUCGUUUUCGGCUCCCCCAUUCAAAUAGCCGUCGCUCUUCGCGGUCGUUUUUGGGCAGCGCCGUCAAGACCUCAACGCCCAUCACGAAUCGCAACAAUGAGGCUUUUAGCCCGUGCACUCCUACAAGAACUUUGCAUCCACUGGCAACUACGACAUUGCCCAUGUCGCGGUCGCGGUCCAAUUCGUUGUUGAGUAAUAAGGACGACUGUGUACAGUCGCCGUCUACUGAGUUUACUCUUUCAUUUCCCUCUGCCCUUACUGAGUGUCCAUCUUCGCCAACGGAACAUCUUCGCACACGUUUCCGUAAUGUAACUUUACUGGGGCAAGGUGAAUUCAGCGAGGUGUUUCAAGUGGAACAUCCGUUGGAACGCACGGUGAAGUAUGCCGUGAAAAAACUAAAAGUGAAGUACAGUGGCCCGAAGGAACGUCAACGUCUUUUGCAAGAGGUUGGCAUUCAGCACGCUUUACGCGGUCAUGAUCACAUUGUGGAACUGAUUGAUUCUUGGGAAUGGGAUGGCUACUUGUACAUGCAAACAGAGCUUUGCGAAAAUGGAAGCUUAGACAAGUUCUUGGAGGAACAAGGACAUUACUCACGGCUCGACGAGUUCCGUGUUUGGAAGAUCCUGAUCGAGCUGAGUCUUGGUCUACAGUACAUCCACCAUCAAAACUUCGUUCAUCUCGAUUUGAAGCCCGCAAACAUUAUGAUUACGUUUGAGGGCACCUUAAAAAUUGGAGAUUUUGGUAUGGCCAGCACAUGGCCCGUCACCAAUGGAACAGAGCGCGAGGGCGAUUGCGAGUACAUCGCUCCAGAAGUGUUGACACACCAUCAAUACGAUAAGCCCGCCGAUGUCUUCAGCCUUGGCAUAACGGUGUUUGAGGCUGCGGCUAACAUUGUCUUGCCUGACAAUGGCUUGUCAUGGCGCAAGCUUCGCUCGGGCGAUCUGUCAGACGCUCCUCGUUUAUCGUCUAGCGAAUUUCGUUCAUCCAGUUCGCUCGACACAGGAGAAAUACCAGCAAAUAACAUCAUUGGACAAGGAGGCUUGGAUCGAAUUGUCCAGUGGAUGCUUUCACCAAACCCUCUUGACCGUCCCACUGUCGACCAAGUGUUGACGACGGAUGAAGUGGCCUGGAUUGAAUCGCGACGCAAGGCCGGUGCAACAAUUUACGAAGGAAUUUAUGGUUCUUCGAAUUCGUCGCACUCUGACCAAAUGAUGGAGGACUGGCAUGUCGCCGUAUAAGUUUUAAUUUCCCGACAACUUGUAUCUAUGCAUCAAUUCCCUCGCUGUUUAUCUAUUUCAAACUUUUUUUUGCCCCCUUUCCAUCUCUUUUUAGAUACCCUUUCACUUCCUUGCUUCUGAAUCCUCUCUCCGCAUAUUUUUUUUGUCCUAUACCUUUCCCAUUCCGGUCGUUCACGCUUGUGCUAUGUUUGCACGCAUGUAUGCUAUACUGUUGAGUUAGCUCGUGUUUUUUAUAUGAUGGUAAGAUCCAUCUUUAUCCUAUUACUCCGGAUGCGAUCUGUCUCCUCUUUACGAUGCCUUCCUUGAUAUGUCUAAUGUCGCCUGUAUUUAUCUACUGGCUUCCUACUUCUGAUGUACUGCUUCCCGCAUCUACACAGUUCACGCAUCUUCACAAAAGUAACGCUUGAAGCACUCCUUCUGUUCUCGUGUUAUUCCAAUUUAUUUUAAAUAUUCGUUUUUAUUUUUCUGUACGUUUUUUUUUAUUUUUUUUUUUUGGGAAUUUCUUUCGGACCAUUGCGAUACCUUUCUGUUCUUAAGUAGGACGGAUGCACUUGCAAUUGAAACCACUUUCUAAUUAUACGUGGUCCGGUUUUCUUAUUAUUUUUGUGGUUAGUUAGCUUUUUUAUUAUUAUUAAUUGACUGACCCGGUUUUCAUUUCUCUUUUCACUUUUUCUUUAUCUCCUCUAUAACAUAGCUAAGUUUAGUGAAAAGCGACUUUUGGCGAAACUCACCACCAAAAAAGCAGCAAGUCUGUUGCAUCGAUAUAGGAGAUAGCUGUUACGAGAAACG